AUGGAAUUUCUUGUGAUUAAUGUAAAAUAGGAUAUUUUUAUCAUGACUCUUAAUGUAUUAUUUCAUGCCCAAAAAGAAAAUAUGAAGAUAAAUUGUCAAGAAAUUGCAAAGAUUGUAAUAGUAAAUGUGCAACUUGUUCUAAUGCGACUGAUUGUGAUACUUGUUUUGAGAAUAGGAUUGCGCCUGAUUGUAAAUGCCCUGCUUAUAAUAUUGAUAGCUCGGAUUACACAUAAGCUUGUAUUAAAUGCUCUACUAUAUCUAUUGGAUGCUCUAUUUGUAAUGCCACUACGUGCUAAGCAUGUCUAUCGCCUUAUUUUUUAGAAGGAAAUUUAUGUGUAAAUGUUUGUCCUCCUGGUAAAUGGGGAAAUACGGUAAAUAGAUAAUGUACAGCUUGCUUAGCUAAAUGUGUAACUUGUUCUAAUGCGACUGAUUGUGAUACUUGUUUUGAGAAUAGGAUUUCGCCUGAUUGUAAAUGCCCUGCUUAAAAUAUUGAUAGCUCGGAUUACACAUAAGCUUGUAUUAAAUGCUCUACUAUAUCUAUUGGAUGCUCUAUUUGUAAUUCUAAAACGUGCUAAGCAUGUUUAUCGCCUUAUUUUUUAGAAGGAAAUUUAUGUGUAAAUGUUUGUUCUCCUGGUAAAUGGGGGAAUACGGUAAAUAGAUAAUGUACAGCUUGCUUAGCUAAAUGUGCAACUUGUUCUAAUGCGACUGAUUGUGAUACUUGUUUUGAGAAUAGGAUUUCGCCUGAUUGUAAAUGCCCUGCUUAUAAUAUUGAUAGCUCGGAUUACACAUAAGCUUGUAUUAAAUGCUCUACUAUAUCUAUCGGAUGCUCUAUUUGUAAUUCUAAAACGUGCUAAGCAUGUCUAUCGCCUUAUUUUUUAGAAGGAAAUUUAUGUGUAAAUGUUUGUCCUCCUGGUAAAUGGGGAAAUACGGUAAAUAGAUAAUGUACAGCUUGCUUAGCUAAAUGUGCAACUUGUUCUAAUGCGACUGAUUGUGAUACUU